AUGCCUCUCUGUCUACAUCAGCACAGGGAUGCCCUGUUGCCAGCUAUGCCUUCCUGGAACAGAGACCAUGAUGACACAGCAUCAACACGUUCAGGAGGAACACCGGGGCCCUCCAGUGGGGGGCACACAUCACACAGUGGGGACAACAGCAGUGAGCAAGGUGACGGCUUGGACAACAGUGUAGCUUCUCCCAGCACAGGUGAUGAUGAUGAUCCAGAUAAGGACAAAAAGCGACAUAAAAAGCGUGGCAUCUUUCCCAAGGUAGCCACAAAUAUCAUGAGGGCAUGGCUGUUCCAACAUCUAACACAUCCUUACCCUUCAGAAGAACAGAAGAAGCAGUUGGCACAAGACACAGGACUCACAAUACUUCAAGUGAACAAUUGGUUUAUUAAUGCUAGAAGAAGAAUAGUUCAGCCCAUGAUAGACCAGUCGAAUCGAGCAGUAAGCCAAGGAACACCUUAUAACCCAGAUGGACAGCCAAUGGGAGGUUUUGUGAUGGAUGGUCAACAGCACAUGGGAAUCCGAGCACCAGGACUGCAAAGUAUGCCAGGGGAAUAUGUGUCUCGGGGUGGUCCAUUGGGCAUGAAUAUGGGACAACCAAGUUAUACACCACCUCAGAUGCCCCCACAUCCAGCUCAGUUGCGCCAUGGCCCCCCCAUGCAUACCUACAUUCCUGGACACCCACACCACCCAGCAAUGAUGAUGCAUGGAGGACCACCCCACCCUGGAAUGCCAAUGCCAGCAACUAGCCCCACCAUGCUCAAUACCGGAGACCCAGCAAUGAGUGGACAAGUGAUGGACAUUCAUGCUCAGUAGCUUACGGAAAUAUACUUUAUCUUCAGCAACGGCAUAUUUGAAAAUAUUGCCGUUCUGCGCAGACUUGAUGGAGUUCCAUUCUUGGCAUCUAGUUUUGGACCAAGGAACAACCCUACUUGUCUUUCUAUGGACCCUGAAAAGCAGGGGAAAACACACCAACUGAAAAACACACCUUCUGGGGACAUGCAAAAUAACUAUAUAAGGCAACAGAGUGGAAUAUUGUAAAAUGCUUUUAUUCUGUUAUCCAUAUACCUUGUUUCUUAUAGAUUUUUUAAGAAAAAAAUGUGAAUUUUUUUCCACACUAUGUGUGUUGUUUCCAUAACUCUUCACUUCCUCCAGAAGCCUCCUUACAUUUACAAAGAAGACGACGACGAUGAAAAAGAAGCCUUACAGUUCCCCUGCAAAUGACAGAAAGAUUUAUUUGCAGGAUUUUUACCGCAUUAAAAUAUCUAUGUCAGGCAGAAGAACAUUUCUUCUAUCCUAGGAUUUCAGCCAUGCACUCUGUAUUUCCUCUGUCUGCCUCUCUUUCUAUCUCCCUCCCCUCCUUUUUUUUUCUAGCCUGGGGCGUGAAUUUGCAUGUCUAAUUCAUUUACUCACCAUAUUUGAAUUGGCCUGAACAGAUGUAAAUCGGGAAGGAUGGGAAAAACUGCAGCCCUCAACAAUGAUUAAUCAGCUGUUGCAGGCAAUGUCUUAAGGAGACUGGUAGGAGGAGGCAUGGAAACCAAGAGAAAGUGUAUUUGAACCUAAUUGUCACAUCAGAGCAUCAUUGUUCCCAUUCAGCAGCAGCAACCACCUACAUCACUUCCUGUUUUAUGCCGCUCGAGACAUGAACUGAAGAGUUAUUUUUACUAUGUUGACUUAUUUUUGGGCAAAGCAUCAGUCAUGCAUUUUUCCAUAGUCCCAUCUUGGAGCAUAUAUGUAUACAUUGUAAAUAAAUUUUGUGCAAAAAGGACUGGAAAAAAUGAACUGUAUUAUUGCUUUUUUUUUUUUUUUGUAAAAGUAGCAGUUUUUGGUAUGAGUUGGCAUGCAUCCAGAUUUACUAAGUGGGGAUAAGCUAAUUAUACUUUUGUUGUGGUUAAACAAAUGCUUGUCGAUAGCCUUUUUCUAUCAAGAAACCAAGGAGCUAAUUAUUAUUAUUAAUAAUCAUUGCACAUGGAGUCUUAGAGUUUCUGAUCGAAACUGUUUGGAUUGUACAAUAACUCAAAGCCAGUUGUAGUAGUUUGAGUGCAGUAAUGAAAUCUGAAUCUAAAAUAAAAGCAAAUUAUUUUUUGUCA